AUGGAUCUUCCGGCGUCCGCGGUGAAGAGUUUGAGUGAACUGGAUGGAUUACCAAAAGAAGAGUUGGAAUCCGUCCUCUCUCGCGUCGCCGUCGCGCUCACGAGCGAUGAUUUAGAGAAAGCGGCGGUGGGGACGACGAGUAAUGACGUCGAGCGUGUCGUGGGGGCAAUCUCGACGGCGUUCGUGGAGGCUGGACGGCGUGGGUUCGACACGAGAGACGCGCGAGCGACGCUCGAGCGAAACGGUGGAUGCUCAAGCGGAACGGCGGAGAUCUUGGCGAAGUCGUACGGGGAGAUCAAGCGUGGAUUAGAAGAGCGCAUGAAGAGACACGCGAUGAGUUCCCCGAUUCUAAAGUUGAGCGCGCACGCGUGUCGAGCGGAUUACGUCGUGAGCACAUCGGCGAACGGAGAUGCGCGUGAACCGGGAUUUCACCUAUCUUGGGUCCUGAGCGACGGGCGGGGCGAAGGCGAGCGGGUAAACUUCGAGUGCGACGCUGAAGAGAUGGCGCAUCUCGUGGAGACGCUGAGAGAGGCGUGCAGGGCGUCGGAAAUGAUCGCGGCGAGGUCUGAUUUGUGA